AUGGCCGAUGGAAGAGUGAAGAUGCUGGGAAUCACGGGCCUUGGAUUUGAGCAGAAAGCUUCACGUGUGCAAAGCUGUGCUAGGAAAGAGAGAAGAAGAGAAGAGAUGAUCGGGUCGGGCACGAUAAAACGGAGAGAUGUAGACGGUGAUAGUAGUGGUGGUGAGGAUUCAGGGUCCGAACGUGAAUGGGAGCUACAGGCAGUCGACUCCACCGUUGCGACAGAGUUGAAGAUGCCAAGCAAAGGGGAAAAGGUGACGGUGAUGGAUGGAGGGGAGAAAGUCGCGAUGUCGCGGUGA